GGCAGGGCAGUUUCUUAUUCUGUCCAGUAUAGAUGUCUGACAAUAGAAGAAUGUAUCUAGUAGGGAACUACAGAUUGAUUAGGAAGCAUUUUGGAAAAUGUUUUAUUGCUAUUUGUUGUAAGACCAUCGAUAUCUCUGGAUUGGCGGGCAUCCACCUGAUGAGCCAGAAGCAAAUCCAGGAGCAUUCAAGCUAUGAAUAGUACCAGACUGUUUUGAUGGAGGCGAUCUUGA